UAUUCAUCUUUGUUUGAGCCUUGUGCAUCUAAGAUAUAAAAGUUCCGCAACCGCUUUGCUACUUACAUAUUCCUAUGUACAUCAAUUUGACGUAAUUUUGCAAGCGGUUGAUGAACAUGAUUUCCAGAAGCUCCUGUGCACCCCUCAAGUUGCCGAGGUUUACCGGGACCUAUUACCGCUCAUUCAGCAGCACGCGGCCACCCAGGAACUACGAUUCGACACUGAAAAACUUGAAGAUUGGGAAACAUACGCGAGUCAUCUUUCAAGGAUUCACAGGAAGACAAGCAACGGCCAACGCCAAAGAAAGCUUAGAAUGGGGUACAAAUAUUGUAGGUGGUGUAACUCCUGGGCGUGGGGGAGAACACCUCGGCUUGCCUGUUUUGCCAAGUGUUCGGAAAGCAAUGGAGGUAUUGAAGCCAGAUGCCACCGGAAUUUACGUUGCGGCGCACCAAGCUACGGGCGCUAUUGAGGAAGCCAUUGAAGCCGAAGUGCCCCUGAUAGUAGUAGUUGCAGAACACAUCCCUGUUCAUGACUUCUUCCGUAUCCACUCAGUAUUGAAAACCCAAUCCGCUUCCAGACUUGUGGGUGCAAACUCACCCGGUAUCAUUUCAGCCGUCGGAAAGUGCAGAAUCGGAUUUCAGCCGUUGCCGUGUUUCGAACCUGGGAAAGUUGGUAUAGUCGCCAGAUCUGGAACGUUGAGCUAUGAAACCGCAGCCUCAACUCUUCGUUGCGGGCUUGGUCAGAGCCUGAGUAUUGGCGUCGGUGGUGAUAUUCUACCUGGCACAACUUUGACCGAUGGGCUUAGAGUACUGGCGGAGGACGAAGAUACUAAAUGCAUUGCUCUUGUUGGAGAGGUCGGUGGAAUUGGAGAGCUGGAAGCUGCCGAGUGGAUCAAGGAGUAUAGGACAAAGGAAAAGAUUCCAAAACCCAUUGUCGCCCUAGUAGGAGGUAUUCAAGCUGUACCAGGUCGAAUAAUGGGCCACGCAGGCGCCUUCGCACUCCCCGGUGAGCCUACCGCAGCUGAGAAGAUCGAAGCUCUCCGAGAAGCAGGUGCCACGAUUAUCAAUCAUCCAUCGAGGUUCGGCUCUGUGCUCAAAGCAAUAUUGAAUGGCUCGAUGCUGAGAGAUGCCGGUGUCGCCCGAAGCAAUCAGCGCAGGAGCAUGCAUACACAUGCUCGAAAGCCACAAGCUCGCGUUCGUCCCGGCCGGUCCUCGUUGCGAGACCAGAGAAGGUCUAUCUACCUAACCCAGCAAACGGCUCUAGAUCUCCUCCGUGUUCGUAACAUACCUGUCAGUGAAGCACCACUAGGGUCGGCCGAGCGUCUACUCGCCAUUUCCAUCAACCGCGGCACCCGGAACCCCUGCAUUGUAGCCUCUUCAACCAAUGAUGCUAAAGAUCUGACGAGUUUCGAUUUCGAGUACACCAAAGGUCCUGCUAGUUUGCCCUUGGACAAGAUUGCCGCAGCGCUUCAUCUAAGUCCGAACUCUGGCGAACAUUUCAACAACCUAAGUGGUCUCGUCAGAGAUCUAGUCAGUCUUUUUAUGGAAAAGGAAGCGUUUCUUCUGGAAACAAGAGUGCUUGAAACAGCAACCGAUGGUAUUGCGGUGUCUCAAGCCCGUCUCGGAUUCGACGAUGCAGCUCUUCGAUCUGGCAAACGGCAUAGCGAUAUUCAUGCUCUCAGGGACUUGAGCAAAGAAGACCCUGCCGAGGUGGGAGUCGAGAAGGAUGGGAUUGCAUAUGUGAAGCUAAAAGACGGCAACAUUGGUACCUUGGUCAAUGGAGCCGGUCUAGCGAUGAACACGGUCGAUGCUCUCGCGGAUGCUGGCGGUAGGGCGGCCAACUUCCUGGAUACAGGCGGCAAGGCGACAAGUGAGACAGUCAAAAGGAGCUUUGAGGUCAUUUUGACAGACUCAAGAGUGAAGUGCAUCUUCGUCAAUAUAUUUGGUGGCCUUACACUAGGUGAUAUGAUCGCCCAAGGUGUGGUUAUGGCUUUCAAGGAUUUGGAAAUGUCAGUGCCCAUCGUGGUGAGGAUCCGUGGAACAAAUGAAAAGGAGGGCCAAAAAAUCAUUGCUGAGAGUGGGCUACCACUAUAUGCGUUCGACGACUUUGAUGAGGCAGCCGCCAAAGCUAUCGAGCUGGUAGAUAAGUCUUAGAGGGCCAUAGCAAACGGCCAAGAGUACGGGUUUUACAAUAUUUAUGUACCAUGUAUUUUAAGAUAUGGUAUAUAUUUCUUCGUAUACUAUGUACACUUCUUAUACAUAUGUUUCCUAUAAUAUACUACUUUCGUACAGGGUUGUGUAAAUUAUAGGC